AUGAAUGGAGCCCAAGGAAAGGAUGCGGAACGCGCUGGCUACAGUGUUAAGAAGGUGGGUUACUGUUUUUUCUUUGAAAAUUUUGUAAUGCUUUAGCUGUUAUCAGUCUGUCGGGAAAAUAAUGAGCACUCUGUCGCAGCGAAAAUCGCAUCGCCGUUGAGAAAAUGAACUGUGUUGCGGCAAAAUCAAAUUGCUUUCCUCUUCAGCGGCAUUGCUCAUUAUUUUCCCGACAGACUGAUAUUUCUAUCCAAUGUUUUUACGAAAGAAUUUUUAGGUAGUGCAAGUUCUGAAGAAGCCGAAAUGCCAAUGCAAAUGCGCUGUUGCCAAGAAGGCCUCGAAUUCGCAUAAGAAACUGAAGGAAGAGGAUGAUGAAAAGGUUGAAAAGACUCAGGUAAGAAUUUGCUGAUGAUUCCUGCAGGAAUUUCCUGUUAUAUCCGCCUGUCCGGAAAAUAAUGUGGAUCUGUCGCAGCAAAAAUUUCUGCCUCUUCAAAGACAGGAUUUAGUCGCGCACCAAAUUUCCAGCUACGGCAAGCCGUCGCAAAGCGACGAUGAGCGUUUCCGAGACGCGACUCACUGUUUUCCCGGCAGGCUGACAGUACAGUGCGUCCCAGGUUUUUGGUUCCACCCCAUUUUUUGAUCAUAUCUCGGGGGGUUUUUUCUCAAAUGCCAUGAAAUUUUACACAAGUGUUAACCAACCUUUGAGAAUACGCUAUGCAAAGUUUCAUCCGAUUUGACUUCAGUACUCUGACGUUAUGGCGAUUUUUUAAAAUUUUGGGUGUCCCAGGUUUUUGGUUCCACUUGGAAAUUUGCGAGUUUUUGGUCCGGUUUUGAACCAGCCUGCUCUUAAUACCAUUCCUCGUGUUCUCUGUAGUAUUAGAAAGGGUAUUACACUCGGAUCUACCGUACUUUAUCGACGCAGUGGCCCCACGAGCCAUCUCCGACCUUGUACAUCAGGUAAACAUUGGUUUUAAAAAAAAUUCCGAUUAGUGAUUUAUUUCCGGCAAGAAACAACUUAGACUACUUGUAGCAAAUGUAGCAAAUGCAAGAUGUAAAACUACACCGAUACCGACUUGUUUGAAGUAAUUUAAUCGACCUUUUAAGUCAUUUAAGCUACCGUUUACCUUCUACAGUAACCUUCAGAGGUCCUAAAAGUACAGAAAAUUACUAUCUAUGGGAACUUUUUGCCCCGAAAAUCAAACUCAGCAUGUUAACAAACCUAUAUCUGCAUCUUAUUUCUUGCUUAAAUGUUCUAUCUGCCGCAGGUGGUUGGUUCAAGGAAAAAUGGGUAAAAGCAAGCCUAUUUUGGCCUAUUUUUCGGAACUUUUUUGUAGAACGAACUUUACAGACCCGAUUUAUUCUGAAACGGCUAAUGAUUGUAGCAUUACGUUUUCAGGCACGCUGCGUUCAAAUUUGCAUAUCAAAUUUUGUGAUUCUCGUCGAUUCCUCUUGGUAAUUCGGGGUAUAAAGUGUUACGGUAGCUACUUGUUGAAGAUGAUAUGCCAAGAAAAUACUCGAGAUCAUUGAGCAAGCUACUUUUUUUCAUUAAGUAGAUGCACACUGUAUAAUUUAACGGCAUUGGCAAGUUUAAUGCCCAAAAAACAGCCUGACUGACAUUUUUUGCAGAACCAAUCUUUAUCUCAUGUACAAGGUCGGAGAUGGCUCAUAGCGCCACUCCGUCGAAAAAGUACGGCAGAUACGAAUGUAAUACCCUUUCUAAUACUACAGGGAACAAGAUGAAUAGUAUUAAGAGCAGGUUGGUUCAAAACCGGACGAAAAAACUCGCAAAUUUCCACGUGGAACCAAAAACCUGGGACACCCAAAAUUUUAAAAAAAUCGCCAUAACGUCAGAGUACUGAAGCCAAUUGGGAUGAAACUUCGCAUAGCUUAUUCGCAAAGGUUGGUUAACACUUGUGUAAAACUUCAUGGCAUUUGAGAAAAAACCCCCAGAGAUAUGAUCAAAAAAUGGGGUGGAACCAAAAACCUGGGACGCACUGUACUAGUCGCGCCGUAAACUCCAGACUCAUUUGUCGCGGAUGUCGCGCGAAAAAAUUGAGUAAGAAUCGCCGCGGCGAGUGGAAAAAAAGAAACGCACGGUGCACGUCAAACUAAGGAGUCCGGUGACCGGAAUCGACCCUUCGCUAUCGGUUUUUUACACUUCGUCUUGAUUUCGCAGAGAAAGAGAUAAAAAAACGCGCAAAAGCGUACUCUCUCGCCCCAAAAAUUCCCCAUUUCUUCCGCGACAAAACGUUUUUUCGCGUCUUUUUUUGGCAAAUUGCCAAUCCAUUCACCGGACUGUUUUAGCUUAUCUCAGUUUGACGUGCGGUGCAAAUGUGUCGGGACUUUAUGCGACUAGUGUUCCCUGUAAAUUCACAACAAAAAAAGGGGAGUAAAAAUUUUAUUCGCCAUGCAAAAACCACAGCCCAAAAAAAGCCGAUUGCACGGUGCAAAAACAAGAACUUGCAAAAAAACUUUUGUUUUCGCCGAAACCACCCAAAAAAUUUCCGCAAUUACGCAGAAUGUCGCUACAGUUUUUUCCUGUUGUUUCUGCUAAAACAUAUACUGUAUAUUUUAUCUGUAACCGUAAUCCUUCCAGACCAAGCUGUACUUGAAGCCCGAGCUCGGCAUGAACUUGAUCAAGAAGCCCAGCCAAGACAAGGCUUUCUUGUUGGAAAAUGUCGACUAA